UUCAAGCAGUACGGAUCGCGUAGAAAAAAAAAAACUAAUUUACUAUAUACUAUACAUGGCAAUGUCAUUUAUCGAGGAGGAGAACCAGUGGCUGCGCUCUACGAUUCUGCCAAAGAUUCUGAAAAGCGGACGCUUGGUGGACAACUACAGCGAUGCAAAGGCGGACACCUUCCAGGUCGGAGACAUCGAAAUCGAUGUGAUAGGACCUGCUGAGGCCUUUAUGCUGACGACGUGCUACAGGACAACGAUUAACUUUGAGUACGAUGGCGAAAAAUUACAGCGGAAGAUGGUGGUUAAGAAAACACCGAAGGUUCCGCCGGAGGUGUUUGACUCCAUUCAGUUUGGACCGCUCUUCAGCAACGAAAUCAACUUCUACACGAAAAUUCUUCCAGAGAUCCAGAAGGUGGCUGCUGGAACGUUCGCGGCUCCCAAGUAUUACUACAGCGAGCUGAACAAGCAUUCUGCGGUGGCCAUUCUGGAGGACUUCGCCGAGCGGGACUGGCGGGUGACCAAGGAUCGGGUGGGUCUGAGCUUGGAACACGCCAUGAUUGCGGUGGAGUACUUGGGCAAGUUCCAUGGCUUCGCCUACGCCAUAAAGCACAAGAAUCCGGACCAGUUCACCCAGCUUACCAGCGAGCUGAAAGAAUCGCGGUACGCCAACGAUGAGAUUCAUCACGACUGGAACCUCACCUUGAAGACCAGCCUCAAGCGGGCGGCCAAAGCUGUGGCCACCUAUCAGCCCAAAAUCGAAGAGGAGUUCGUGAAGAAGUUAUUCUUCCUAAUCUCGGAUUACAAAUCGUAUGGUAAGCAAAGAGUGGCGCCCAAAGAGCCUCUGGCGACUCUCUGCCACGGGGAUUAUGUGAGGAACAAUGUGGCCUAUAAGUACAAUGGCGGUGAGGAACCGCAGGAGAUUAUGAUGUUCGACUACCAAACACUGCGAGUGUCCUCACCCAUGAUCGAUCUGGCUGUCUUCCUGGCCGUAUCCCUUUAUGCCGACGUCCGAUAUAAGAAAUUUGAUGCCAUUUUCGAGAGAUAUUGCUUCGCACUUUAUGGCAGCUAUACAAAGCACACCAAGGACACCACGAUUCCAGAUUUUAUGAGUCAUGCGGAGCUGUUGAAGGAGUACGUGCGAUUCCUGCCUUAUAGUGUGUCCAUUACAGCCAGCUUCCUUAUGAGCUUGGUUGAGCCAAUGGACAUGUCGCCCGAGGAAAUGUUCAGCCUGCAGGUUACGGAUGAGGAGAUCAUCGAGCGGGUGAUGACCAAGGGCGGAGAAGUGGUGGAUCGAGAGGUUGCGCACCAGAUUAAGGAGAUGCUGGAGCUAAGCCAAAGGUGUGGGGUCUCUAUAGACGAUGGCAUUGAUGUCGAUAAGCUGCCGAAAGUGUAAUAUA